AUGGCGUCUGGCCAUUAAUACCCAGCAGGAGUUAACUGAAAGCGAUAUUCCUGGCGCUGAAUUGCCGAGACAAGCCGAACACUGUACAGUUGCAAUUCUUAAACGUUGGCUAGCUUGUAGCGGGGCGAAGGUACCCGGAAAACGGGAGGAUUUGAUCAAAAGGUAAGACGAUCGUGGCAUGUGGAACAUCGGGUAGCUCCCGCUAUUCUCCAGUGUAUCUGAUUUGAUUGUUUACAAUUCGGGAAGAAUUCACUGAUUUUUUUGUUGGUUUUAGAGUAAACGAUUACAUAAAUAGCGUAUUAUCCCAUAAUCUUGUUGACCCCGAUGGAGGUAUAAAUCUUCGGAAAAAACGCUUAGAACUUAGUUUGGAACAAGACAUCAGCCCAUCAAUAGAUGUUGCAUUCCCUCAAGAUGGAUUCGAAGUUGGAAUAUCCAGUGUUCCUAAAGUUGGCUUUGGUCAAAUAUGGAAAUAUUUGAUGGAAGAAGUCGAGUUUAAGAAGCAACUAUCUGUGGAAAAACGCAUACUGAAAGGUUACAACUUUUUCAAGUCUGGUAAAGUGUUAGGUUUAUAUAGCAAAACUGAGAAUGGCCUGUUGUACCUAAAAAGCCAAGUGUUCAUAUUCAAAGACUGGGCCGACGUAUACUAUAAAAGUCAUAAUACGUGCCAACUCUGAAAAUGAGAAAGCAUUUUGCCCAUGUCCAGCUGGGAAUGA